AUGGCUGCUCGUCCCCAGAACAUUGGUAUCAAGGCCAUUGAGGUCUACUUCCCUACUCAGUGUGUUGACCAGACUGAGCUUGAGAAGUAUGACGGUGUCAGUGCCGGAAAAUACACCAUUGGUCUCGGCCAGACCAAGAUGAGCUUCUGCGAUGACCGCGAGGACAUCUACUCUAUGGCCCUGACCACCCUUUCCUCCCUCAUGAACAAGUACAACAUCGACCCCAAGUCCGUGGGCCGCCUCGAGGUCGGCACUGAGACCCUCCUGGACAAGUCCAAGUCCGUCAAGUCCGUCCUCAUGCAGCUCUUCGCUCCCCACGGCAACACCAACAUCGAGGGUGUUGACAACGUCAACGCCUGCUACGGUGGUACCAACGCUGUCUUCAACAGCAUCAACUGGCUCGAGUCCUCCGCCUGGGACGGACGUGAUGCCGUCGUUGUGGCUGGUGAUAUUGCCCUCUACGCCGCCGGUGCUGCCCGCCCCACCGGUGGUGCUGGCUGUGUUGCUAUGGUCAUCGGUCCCGAUGCCCCCAUUGUUUUCGACGCCGGUCUCCGUGCUUCCUACGUCACCCACGCCUACGACUUCUACAAGCCCGACCUCACCUCCGAGUACCCUGUCGUUGACGGCCACUACUCCCUGAAGUGCUACACUGAGGCCGUCGAUGCCUGCUACAAGGCCUUCGACGUCCGUGAGAAGACCCUCAAGGCUCAGACCAACGGUGUCAAUGGUGCCGCCGAUGAGGCCCAGACUCCCCUCGACCGUUUCGACUACCUCCUCUUCCACGCCCCCACCUGCAAGCUCGUCCAGAAGUCUUACGCUCGCAUGCUGUACAACGACUACCUGGCCAACCCCUCCCACCCCGCCUUCGCCGAGGUGGCCCCCGAGCUCCGCGAUCUUGAUUACGAGAAGUCUCUCUCCGACAAGGUUGUUGAGAAGACCUUCAUGGGUCUGACGAAGAAGCGCUUCGCCGAGCGUGUCAACCCCGGACUCCAGGUUGCUACUCAGUGUGGUAACAUGUACACUGCCACCGUCUACGGUGGUAUUGCUUCCUUGCUUAGCAACGUCACCUUCGACCCCAAGGAGCCCAAGCGUAUUGGUCUGUUCUCCUACGGCUCUGGUCUUGCUAGCUCCAUGUUCAGCGCCAAGAUUGUCGGCGAUGUCUCCCACAUCGUUGAGAAGCUGGACCUCCAGAACCGCCUCAACGCCCGCACUGUGCUUGAGCCCGCGGCCUACGAUGCCAUGUGCAAGCUCCGCGAGCACGCUCACUUGAAGAAGGACUUCAAGCCCGCUGGCAACGUUGAGACCAUCGGCUCCGGUGUGUACUACCUGACCGAGGUGGAUGACAUGUUCCGCCGCAAGUACGAGAUCAAGGCUUAA